UUAUUACCUACAAAAAUGUCGAAGCGCACAGCUAAAGACAAGUUAAAAUAUUACCGUGAGAAAAUUAAACGUCUUGAAGAUCAUAAAAGACGAUACAGGAUCAUUUAUGAUUCGUCUUCAUCGGAGGAUGAAGAUGUUGUAAUGGAAAAUCCAGAUGGUUCCGUACCGGCUCAUGACCCUAUUAUACAGGAACCACAGCUAAACAUCGAAAAUCUCGUACCGGAACAGCAUAGUGAUGUACCGAUAUCGGACCAUAAUAACGAGAUUCCUGCUCAUGAAAAUCAGGCAGAUUUACCCAUGUCGUCAGCUCAACCCGAGCUUGACCCGGACAUGCUGCUGGCUCUCGGGGAAUCGACCGAGGAUAUCCCCGAGUAUGGUGAAAAAAUCCACGAUAAUUUAUCGAAACUUUGGUUACCGUUACUCAAAAAAGGUAUGACAAAUGAAGCCAAAGAUAAAAUCCGAAAAGACUAUUUGGUUCCCGACAACUGUCGAUUGCUACAAGCACCAAAAUUAAACGUGGAGGUUUCAGCAGCCGUACCCGAUAUGGUCCGGAACCAAGACAAAGACCUAGCUGCAGCGCAGCAACAACUUGGCCACGGGAUCGCUGCCGUCAAUAAGGCCAUGGAUAUUCUAAUUAAAGGUGUAGAUUCCAACGGAAUCGAAGCUAUGAAACACCUCAGCAACGGCUGCCUUAUUCUGUGUGACCUUCAUGCGUCAUCUACUCAAAGCCGCAUAAAACUCAUCACACCUAGUCUCGAUAAGACGUUCUUGCAAGUUAUUCAAGACACAGAACGUGAUGAUACCCUGUUUGGUAAUAAAUUGUCCGAGAAAAUCAAGGCAGCGAACACCAUUGAAAAACAAGGUCUCCAAAUCAAGAAAACGUCCCCAAAGAAACCCGCGCCUGCACAGCCGUCAACAAGUCGAGCGUCGUACUCGGGAAACUGGUCAGCGCCUCCUCGUUACGCGUCGAACAGGGGGGGCGGAGAGGUGCUCGCAGGCAGACGAAUUACACCCGGCGGACGUUUCCAGCUCCGCAACCAGCCAAGACACCCCCCGCGACCAAGACACGUGCCCAGGCACCGUAACGCAGGGACUGCCACCCCCUACACAAGGGGCUUACCCUGGGGGUCGCGAAGCUCUGCAACAGUCCUUCAGUCGAAGAGGCUUCCCACUGAUGUUGGCAUCACUCUCCGACAAAACUAUACAUAAACGAAGUUACAUAAU